CAGCUACUCUCUAGUUCUCAAGAAUGCAAUUCACCACGAGUCCCUUGCUCACCCUCCUCAUAGUCAUCACAAACUUAAUUUUGUUCUUCGCAGAUGCUUCACAGGCAGCCCAGAAACUACAUGGUGGGAGCUGCAGCCCUGACGAGAGGGCUGCCUUACUGUCCUUCAAGAAGGGCAUCACAGGUGAUCCGGCCAACCGCCUCGUCUCAUGGAAGGGCAGAGAUUGCUGCCACUGGAGAGGGGUCAGAUGCAGCAACAAGACUGGUCAUAUCAUCAAGCUUCACCUUGGCAAUCCAAGUACAGACAUCUAUAAGAAGCAUCAAUAUGCUUUGUUUGGAGAGAUUAAGUCCCUCUUUGCUUUCUCUAAAACAGUUGGAACAUUUGGAUCUUAGCUCCAACUUCCUAGCAAAACCCUCUAGCCGUAUGUCUCUGUUCUUGGGCAAUAUGGAUAAUCUAAGAUAUCUCAACCUCUCUGGCAUACCUUUCACUGGAACAGUGCCUCCACAAUUAGGUAACCUGUCUAAAUUGCAGUAUCUAGAUCUUGGCAAAAGUUAUGAGAUGUACUCAACGGAUAUCACCUGGUUAACAAAUCUGCCUGUGCUACAAUACCUUGACAUGAGUGGUGUAAAUCUCUCGGCCGUACAUGAUUGGCCACAAAAUCUGAAUAUGAUUCCAUCUCUAAGAGUAAUUAUCCUCUCUUCCUGUUCACUUGAUAGCACAAACCAAUCAAUUUUGUACUUCAAUCUGACAAAACUUGAGAGUCUUGACCUUUCUUGGAAUAUCUUCAACCAUAAAAUUGGGUCUAGUUGGUUUUGGAAAGCAAAAGGCCUAAAGUACCUCAAUCUUCACGGAAGCAGUUUGUUUGGGCAUCUCGACAAUGCACUGGAAAACAUGACAUCCCUUCAAUUCCUCGAUUUGUCCUACAACUAUAACAAUAACCUGGCAUGGACAGGGAACCUUACCAGAAAUUGCAGUUUUGAAAUGGUCGGAAAUCUGAAAAAUCUUUGCAGUUUGGAAAUCCUGGACCUCACCAGUAAUUAUAUUAGUGGAGACAUUACAGUAUUUAUGGAGAGGUUUCCGCAAUGCACAUGGGAGAAACUGCAGGGGCUGCACCUCGGUUACAAUAAUUUCAGUGGAACCUUGACAAAUUUCAUAGGAAACUUCAUCAACUUAAGAAGACUUGAGCUCAACAGCAACAACCUUAAUGGAAGAAUCCCACCUUCACUUGGGAACUGUACACGUCUUACUAUCAUUGACAUCUCCGGAAACAAAAUGGCUGGACCUUUACCACAACAGGUUCAGUAUCUUACUAGCCUAAGUACCCUCCAUGUCAACAGCAAUAAUCUUAGUGGAAGCCUACCCACAGGAAUUGGUGCGCUUGCAAAGUUGACUUAUUUGGAUAUUAGCAACAACCAUUUCAGUGACUAG